AAAGACAACACAACAGUAACCAGAGAACUAAACUGAAGAGAGAGAGAGAGAGAGAGAGAGCGCCAAAGUGCAAUCCCUCCCUCUGUCAAAGUGGGUUCACCAAAACACACAUUUUCUAGGGUUUUUUUUUUUUACAGGGUUUGGGAUCAUUUUUGUGGGUUAUUGGAAGCUACUAUUAUGGAAGAAGAAGACGGGUACAAGAGGAAUGAGCGCAUAGCUCUGGUUGUAAUCUUGGUAAUGGCUUCUGUAGCUGUGGCUACUCUGUUUGUGACAUUCAUCUACUACUGCUACAUUACCAACAAAGUCUCCAGGCGUCUGAACAACCGCAAAAAAGAGUCAGAGCAUGAGGGAAAAAGUAGCACUUUUUGCCAUAUUCAAGUUGCCACAGAACAAGGACCCCAGGAGUUCACCUUCAAGCAGCUACAUUCGGCUACUGGCAGUUUUGGAAAAUCUAAUGUAAUUGGCCAUGGUGCAUUUGGGUUAGUCUACCGAGGAGUGCUUCAAGAUGGUAGGAAAGUUGCUGUUAAGCUGAUGGAUCAGGCGGGAAAGCAAGGGGAGGAGGAAUUCCAAGUCGAGGUGGAAUUACUCAGUCGGCUGCAUUCUCCGUAUCUACUACCAUUAAUGGGCUAUUGUUCUGACAGUAACCACAAAUUGUUGGUGUACGAGUUCAUGGCUAAUGGUGGUCUGCAGGAACAUUUGUAUCCCAUCAGUGGAUCCAACAAGGGUUGCUCAAAGUUGGACUGGGAAACCCGACUGGGAAUUGCUUUGGAAGCUGCAAAAGGGUUAGAAUAUCUUCAUGAACAUGUCAGUCCUCCAGUUAUUCACAGAGAUUUUAAGAGCAGCAACAUCCUUUUGGACAAAAGUUUUCAUGCCAAAGUUUCCGAUUUUGGAUUGGCCAAGCUUGGAUCUGACAAAGCUGGAGGCCAUGUUUCAACUCGUGUGUUGGGCACCCAAGGAUAUGUCGCCCCCGAGUAUGCAUUAACUGGCCAUCUGACAACAAAAUCAGAUGUUUAUAGUUACGGUGUUGUCCUUUUGGAGUUACUUACCGGUAGGGUUCCGGUUGACAUGAAGAGAGGUCCUGUUGAAGGCGUUCUUGUAUCUUGGGCUUUGCCCCGACUUACGGAUAGAGAGAAGGUAGUAGAGAUUAUGGAUCCGGCAUUGGAGGGUCAGUACUCAAUGAAGGAGGUUAUUCAGGUGGCCGCAAUUGCUGCGAUGUGUGUACAAUCAGAAGCAGAUUACCGGCCACUGAUGGCAGAUGUCGUGCAGUCAUUGGUUCCCCUAGUGAAGCAUCACAGGCCAACUUCUAAAGGAGGCAGUUGCUCAAACUUCCAUCCUAACAACUCUCCAAAGGCCUAGUACUUCGAUAAAGCGAAGUGUCAGAAGCUAACUGAGUCUGGUUAUAUUGGCUCUAUGAGCUUCCUAAGUUGACUUUUGCGUUUUAUGCUCAGUUCUUGGCGUUUAGGGUAUUUCAUAGACUUUUGUCAUGUGUUUUGAGAAGGUGUACAAUGUGGUAUUUACUAUUUAGACUUAGGUUGGAGAAAGUCUGUAACAUUGUCUGAACAGUAUAUAAUCCGAAAAACACGGUAAGCCUACUGGCAAAUGUGUUCGUCUUGGUAAAGCCUGUUUAUCGUGGACGGACGCGUCUUAUAUGAACAGAUGUGUCUCCUCCCUUGGUGACUAUACGAAAUAGUCACCAGUUGGCCUAUAUAAAUCACAUCCUUGUUCA